UUCGGUGCUAGGAUAGAAGCGGCAAGAUGGCGGCGCCCGGGGACUCUGCUGCCGCCUCAGAGUUGAAAUAUUGAACGGAUGCUGGUGAUGUAUUAAGAGAAUCAUUUUCCCUUCCUGGACUGAACAUGCCAAAAGAAUCAGAGCCCCCGCUCUCCUUGUCUGACUGCCAUUGUAACAUAUGCAUGGAUAUUUUUGUGGAACCAGUCACAUUACCAUGCCACCAUACUCUUUGUAAUGCUUGUUUCCAACUUACUGUGGAAAAAGCAAGUUUGUGUUGCCCUUUUUGUCGCCGGCGUGUCUCAUCUUGGGCACGAUAUAACUCUCGCAAUAACACUCUUAUCAACUUGGAGUUAUGGGAAAAAAUUAAGAAACAUUUUCCAGAAGAGUGCCAACGCAGAAUUAAUGGACAGGACCUAGAAAAUUAUUUGUAUAUCCCUCAACCAAUACACUGCUUAAGUAAGCCUGGAGAAUUAAGGCAAGAAUAUGAAGCUGAGAUCACUAAGGUGGAAGCAGAACGCCAUGCUCUUGAGCAAGAAGAGAGCAAAGCAAGUGAAGAAUAUAUUCAAAGACUACUAGCAGAAGAGGAAGAAGAGCAAAGGUUAACAGAAGAAAGGGGGAAAAAGAUAGCAGUCCAGUUACUAUCAGAUGAAGUGCUGGCACGAGAACUGAGUUUCAAUUUGAACAGGUCUGCUGAAGAGUCUGUUAAAAAAAGUCCACUACCUGGCCCAUCCCCUUCUGAUUACUGCAAAACAUCAAAAAACAAAUCAAGCAAUUCUGGAGACAUUAAGAAGUAUUUAUCUCCAAAGUCUUGUGGUUUCUUUUCUCCAAAGUUGCUAUUUGGAAAAUUAAAAGAAGAAAACAUUGAUUCUCUUUCUGAGGAAAGUAUUAGAGCUGAAACUCGCUUUACAUUGGAAGAUGAAGAAAUAAGAAAUGAUAUAACCGUACUAUCUUCAGAGACAACUGGAGAAGGAAAAAUGAUUAAAGAUUCCCCUUUAGAAUCAACGGGUUCUCAUUUAAAUAUAUGUACUACAUCUGAGUUCAACAGUCAUGGCCCUGAAUUGUCAUCUUUUUCCAGGAGUCACUUAAAUGAACCAAUAGAGGAACAUAUUACCAAUAGAGAAGAUCAUGAAACUGAUUUUUUCUCAAUGAGUAGUAGUUCUAAUAACAAUGACUUUGGAAAUAAAAAAUUUACAGAAAGUACAUGCUUGCUGAAACUUCAGACAAAUGACAGCACUGAAGAAAUCCUUAUUUCUUUGACAUCUAGCAACCAACAGGACAGCAAAGAUAUAACCUGUGAGGAAACAAAGAUGAUGGGAAACUAUUCAAUUGAAAAUAAAAACCAGAGUUGCUCAUUGAUCACUAAAGAGAUUCCAAAGAGAAAAUCUCAAUCUCUCUCUGAAUGGACAGUGGAUUCAUCUUUGAAUGACAAAAGAAGAAGAACUUUUGUACAAACUGAAGAGAAAGAGAUGAAUGAUAUGCAAAAGCAAAUAUAUUUGGAGGAGGAGCUUUAUAAACGAUAUAAACAGGAAGAAGAAGAUAGGUGUCUGGCUUUGAAAAUUCAGAAGGAAAUGGACAGAGAAGAGAAAACACUAAAUCGCAAAAAAGGCUCUCCUGAUGAGUAUCAUUUGCGCCCUACAACAUCUAAGACAGUUGGAAAAUCCCCAGCUGUUAGGAAACACUGCAAUCUCUUAAAGGCUUCAAACAGCCAGACAGAAAUAAAUCAACCCAAACCACACAGACAUUCCCACAGUGAGAAUGAGAGGCCCUCUAGCAAACACCAGACAAAAACAUCUGUAAAAAAUGGGAAUGUUCAGAAUUGUGUCCUCAACUCUGAUUUAAAGGAUGUAGAAUUGGUGCAUCAAAGGACGAUUAUCCAGAUGUUCAAGAAAUCUGCAACAAAUUGAAACAUUCACCAAAACCAUGAUAGAUUAAUAGAAAAUUUUGGAAAACCUGCAAAUAUUUAUCUCUUCUGGUAUUGGCUGUUCCCAGAAUUAAUGUGUUAUUUGUUUCAGAAACAGUAGCACCUGUUCUGUGCCUUUUCCUUUGAAUUCUUGUGUCUGUUCUUUAAUACAUAGAUGGUAUCAAUUUUAAUGUUAAGAGAAAAAAUUUAAAACCAUCACAUAAUAUUGUUUCUCACUAUUAACAGUAUGUGAUCAGAACAGCCACCAUUUUUCUCCUGAUUGCCUUUCCCUAAAAUAAGUAAAUAAAAAAUAAAAAUUAUUUCAAGUUGAACUGAAUGAUAAUACUUGCUGAGUUGUCAUAACCAUGCCUGUGUUGUUGUCUGUGAACUUGUCUGUGAACUUACAAGGCAGUGGUAAAUGCCAUCUUUAAGACAGACAUAGCCUAAGAUACACUCUCAUUUUUCUGUUUGCUGGAAUUGUUAUUUUUGCUUUGCUAGUAAUGUGGCUUACAGAUUUCACCAGAAAACCAAAUCAAUUUUCAGUGGAUUCAUUUUGGAAUUUUAAAUUUGAUAAUUGUAAAAUUAUCUUAUAAGAGGCACCAAAGACAGUCAAUAGGUAAAUCACAUUUUUCAUUUGUAAGUAAUUUCUAAUGCAUAGUUUAUAUAUAAUGUCAUUAAAAUUAUGUAAUUACUAUUUCAUUACAAUUAUUUAAGAUGUUGUAACUCAUAAUUAUCUCCUAAACAUAGUUCUAAUAAAUAUCCAACAAGAGUUCCCAUUCUGAUAAGGGAGGAAUUUAGGAUUUGAUGAUUACAGCCUAUAUAUAUAUAUUUAAUUGCUUUCCAUGUUUUUGGAAACUUUGAUAUCUCAGCAUUCAAAACACUUAGAAAGGGUAACAGCAAAAAAUGAUGCAGGCUGAAGUACUGAUGUUUACUGUUGCAAUCAAUUGUGCCUUCCUUUAGAGAUCUCCAUCCCAUUUGUUUUUUGUUCAGCUUUAUAAAAAUGGUAAUUUUUGUUGUAGCUGGGUUCAACAAAUCAUUCAGAAAAUGAUAUAUAAUCUGAAGGAUUUACGUGAAAGUGACAGUACAAUAAAUAAA